AUGGGCCAAGGCCUCACGGGCGGUGCGAUGGCCGGCGCUGCCUUGUCAAUUACUGCACUGCCACUGCGCCUAACAUUGGCUGACCACCUUGGCAUUUGCGGUGCAGCAACAGCUUGUGGACUUGCACUAGACUUCGCUAGCGACUGUUGCUCAAAGGAGGGGCGCGUUAUCAUUCACAGGGAUGUACUUCUUAAGGCCCAGGAUCCACUUCGGCACUUGUCAACGUUCUAUACGACAUGCGAGUCUAACCGUAUGGCUCGGCUUUUCCGUCAGAAGCACGAGUGGGUCGUGUUGGAAUCCCACGGGCAGCAAUAUUAUGUCGUUCAAAAGAACCCCGCAACAGGCGAUGUUUUGAUGGAUGUCCGCAACUCCCUGCGCGCAGCAAAUGACGUUGGGCUACAGGUUGCCGGGAAGCCGAUGCACACCGGCGAGAUACGGCAGCACCGGAUGGAAACGGAGUUUGAUCUCCCAAGCGACUUGCAAGUUGCGUACGUAAUUGCGUGGCUAAGGAAGGAAGAUCCCCGUUGGGCGUUCUCUACUGAAAACUCCCGACAGUUUACAGCGCGUGUUCGUUACGCGCUGAUGGACUUCUAA